CUACCUCCUGUACUUCCCCUUUCUUCCUCCCCAAUCUCUUGUACUCCCUCCGUUCCAAAAUAGAUGACUCAACUUUGUAUUAACUUAGUAUAAAAUUGAGUCAUCUAUUUUGGAACGGAGGGAGUAUCUGAGCUUGAUUUCCCUGUAAUGGAGUGAUUCGCGAGUGGUACCUAUCAUCGUGGCAUCAGAGCCUCCCUCCACCCUUCCGUUUCAUCUCAAUUCGCCCAAAAAUUCAUUCAAAAAUUUCACCCAGUUUGUUUUCAGCACGCCAUUCCUUCCGCCACCAUGCAUCCAGAGCUGAAAGCUUAUCUGGAUGAGUUCCGGGCAAAGGCUCAGGCUCGCUACGACGCCACGGACAGGCUGUUUGCGCAGUACGACGCGCUGCUCUCCAUGGUCACCACGGGAGCUUCCGUCCCGCAGUCGGCGCGCUCCGCGGUUGCGGCCUCCGAUGGCGGCCUCGCCGUCGACGCCACCGUCAUGCCGGUCGUCUCCGCCCCCUCUUCCACCAGCAAAGCCCAGGAGGUCCUCGAGCUCGUCCCCGAUGCGUCCCCUGCAUGCAUUGCGAGGGCGCCCGUCCUCUGUUCGACAGAUGGCUCGAACCAAGUCCUCGAGGGCGUCUCGACCCUGCAGCCGGCGUGUCCCAUGGCCAUGGCAGACGAUGACGGCCUCACCGACAACGCCAGAGCCCCGGCUGUCGUCGCCGGCGUCUUCUCCGCCACCACCCAGGCUCAGGAGACCCCCACGGUCGCCCAUGAUGCAGCCUCGGUCUGCAUCGCAAUGGCGCCCAUCACCUGUUCGAUGGACUACUCGACCCAGGUCGACGCCAUCACCAGUGUCGACGAGGUCCAGGACGCCGUCACCACAGUCUACCCCUAGCGCGCGGUCACCCUCAGCCACAAGGAGGUGGUGCAGCUCAUCCUGGUACAGGCAACGCCCUCCAUCGGCAUCAAUACCUCAUCCUUCACUGAGGUCGUCUCCUCCGCGGCAACCACCACCGACAUCGACCCCAAGGCCGGCGCGAAGCUUCUGUUCACUACCACCUAUGCCUUUCCCCGGUUGGUUUCCCCGGUGACCAGCGAGGCGUACCACGGCAACGUCAUCGACCCCAUCAACAUUGCUACCCCGACGGAAGUGCUUGACCACUUGUGGAACGAGCACAUGCGUCCAGCUUACAUCGAGCAACAACAAUGGCCGCCCCCUGUUCCAGUGCAGAUUGCUGUGAACAACACUGCUCUGUUCGAUGGCAUAGCUCAUGGCUGUAUCUAUGGUGAUUCUGGACAUGUGUGGUGCCCACCGGAUCACCAGCCAAGGGUGAAGAGUGAAUUGCAACUGCAGAUGGUAAAUGGACAAGGAUCUCUCAUUUUGCAAGACAAGUGUAUCAAGGUCGAGUUGCGUCCGCUACCGUGGCCAUCGUUUUCAAGCAGUUGCAGAGCAGUACAUGUGUGGUCUGAACUAUCCAAGUCUGUCCGUAAGCAGGAUACACUACAGAUUAUGAGCAUGUCAGUACAAUGGAAAAUUUGGAGUCAAGAGGAAUAUAAGGCAAACCUUGGUUUCACAUUGGACAAGACUGUUAUAACCAGCCUUCAAAUUUGCCAUCCAGAGUAUGGUACAAAAUCUGUCUGCGUAAACAGAGUUAUAUUUCUCAACACUAGUCUCAACUCUGGAUUUCCUGAUGUUUGGCUAGUUUGCAAUCUGGAUGCCAUGGUGCUUAAGUGUGAUGAACUACCUCAUGUUAGUGAAAUGGCAUGCUUGGAGUCCACCAACUUUGCUACCUAUAUGGACCAUCCGCUAUCCACCUCUUCUGAUAUCAAUUACACUGGUUUUUUCUACACAAGUGCAACUGUAACAUACCUGAAGCUGCAGCUUAUUGUCCUUCCCAGAGAGUCACUUCAGCAACAAGUGAUUAAGGUCCUUCAGUUGGUACAACUUCAUCGCAAGGAACAGUGGUCAUUGUUAGCAGAUUGGGGCACUUUGGAUUUCAGUUAUGUGAUCUUGCAUAUUCACCACACUAGUAUUGUCGAUUCAGCACUUCACUGGGAGAUUUGUCGACAAACAAACAUAGUAAUGGCUACCAACUUCAGUGAAAGUUAUCAUGUGCAACCAGCUGCCGCAACUAAUAAAUUGCAAUCCACGGAACUUCUCUGUUUUAUGUUACCCCCUGCCAAGCCUCCUGAGAAUCAUGACAUAAAUAUUCUUAUUUUGGUGGAAAUUCCACGUGGGAUCUUAGUUGGUCUGUACUCUAUGAGUUGUCCAAUCUAUCUAGAAAUUUGCACCGUGGGAUUAAGAGCUUCAGAAGGAACACAAAAGGGAAAAGUUGAACUUUGUGUCCAUCUUUAUGCUUCCUAUGAGUUUUAUUUGAAGAAGUUUGCACUAGCAGGAAAGCUGGAGAACAAUGGUUUAAAAAAUUCAGUGGCAGAGCUCAAAUAUGGUACAAGAAUAUGGGGCCAAGAGAGUUGCGAGUGUGUGAUUUGGUUGCCGCUCAGCAAUGAAGAAGCAUAUCCGACAGACUGGAAUAGAAGGACAACUUGUAAGCAAGUUCACAGCCGAGAGAGCGCCAAGGGUACAUAUACUUUAGCAUUGACCACUGUUCAGUUCAAGUUUUCUGUACGAGCUGAAUUCUCAGACCACCGAUGUGAUAUUCUGCAUAGUGAUCACGUUGCAAGAAAAAAAGCUGAGAACGAAACAGUCCAGUUCACUGCUCCGUGUGUUUUGUGGCCUACGAGACGUAGGAAGCCUGUCAUUGAAGGACCGCAUGAGUGCUCGUCAGUUUUGCAGCCAUUUUUGCAGCCGAAACCCCCCUGGCAUGAGUACACUCUAGACUGCACUGUUAAAAAGCUGAAGAUUGUCGCAAAAAUACCACCUAGCACUGCCUGGUUUAUUGCCUUCCCAGCGGAGUCACUACAUUUUUGUCUGAUACUCCCUCCGUCCGAAAUGACAAAUGGAUGAAAAGGGAUGUAUCUAGAACUAAAAUACAUCUAGAUACAUCCCUUUUUAUUCUUUUUGAUGACAAGUAUUUUCGGACGGAGGGAGUAUUACCCAAGACAGAUGGUCAGCAACAUAGGAGCAACCUUCGAGCUGAAGUUCUUUGGGAAUUGACUCAGUUUUGGGCCUAUGCUAAUCAUACCCGUGCUGGAUCAAAUAACUGGUGGUGCUUCUCUUGGGGUACAUACCUAGAUAUGGUUGUCCUUGAUGCAUGUCCAGGAAGCUCAAUUCUAGAGGAGUUUCAGAGCAAUACACAGAAUCAAGACCAAUAUGUAGUACAGUCAGUUCAACCGACAACUUCUUCUUGUGAGCAGUGGGAUCCAGGAGGAUUGGAUUCGGUGGAACUAGCGGAGAACGAGCACCGGCUUGGGGGCAAGCCGGUUGUUAAGGAGGAGGGGAUGUCAGCGACCCAACUAUCAGCACGACUGGAUCGACCAAAGGCACUGCCAUCAUGGCAGCUGAAGUGGCAAGCCCACCAGCUCAUGGGCCGGGCCUGGCUGGGUGCCGAUCGAAGGGAAGGCAGACUACUACAAGUAACCAGACCAGGCGCAGCGAACAGCCAUCCGGGCUUGGAUCAAGUCAAAGGCAACGGCGGCUCCCUCCUCCCCUAGCUUCUCCUACCUCCUGUACUUACCCGUUCUUCCUCCCCAAUCUCUUGUAUCUGAGCUUGAUUUCCCUGUAAUGGAGUGAUUCGCGAAUGGUACCUAAACAACUUAUAACUCAUCUUCCGUUCUUUUAAUCUUCUGAAGCUCGGCCUGGUAUGUUCAACAUGAGGGAGAGGGCCAAAUGGGAUGCAUGGGAAGCUGUUAAAGACAAAUCUAAGGAAGCCAUGAACGACUACACCACCAAGGUGAAGCAGCUCCAGGAGGAGGCAGCUGCUGCAGGCAGCUAUUCUCAGCGACGAACCCUUUGUGCUAUCUUAUUAUGAGAAUUAUAUCAUUCUGUCCACCGCAGUUUACUAUCAUCUAUGAAGACUGCUAAAUAUUUUCUA